AUGGAGGAGCCGUGUGUCUGGCGCACUGAGGCCACUGUGAGGAUGGGACUUGGUGUGGGGGAGAGGCUGAAACCAGGGUGUUUCGUGUGUGCGUUGAAGGAUAUCUCUAUGGACUAAGUGGGAAUUUUUGCUUCUCAGGAAGAAGAGAUGCCGGAUGUAGAAAUUGAUAUUGAUGACCUUCUUGAUGCAGCCAAUGAAGAGGAGAGAGCUCUCAAAUUACAGGAAACUCUUGUAGAUUGCUACAAACCAACAGAGGAAUUUAUCAAAGAGCUGCUAACUCGGAUAAGAGGAAUGAGGAAACUCAGUCCCCCUCAAAAGAAGAGUAUAUAAAUAACUUGAAGUAGUAGCAUUCUGUAAAAGACAUGGCAAGGGAAAUGGGACUUUGAAUACAAGACCUUUAUUAAAAUAGUUGUCUUUCUCCACAACUUUUUUGAUUUCAUUCAGUUUUGACUCAAGGAAUUUCUUUUGUGUGUUUUAAGGGUUCUUUUCUAAGUGUCAAUUUUUUUUUGUCAAGAAUAUCAACAAUUCGGAUGCUGCUCAGCUUUCACUUGAGGAUUACUGAAGCAAGUGAAGAAUCCAAGAGUUAGUCAUGAGGGGCAGCAAGCCUAUGUGGUGAAGCAGAAGAUCUUGUAAAUUUACAGAGCUAGGAGACUUCUUGCAACUAGUUGGAUAACGUUUUUUAAGUUGGUUGUACAUUUAACUCAUGGAUGUCAAGUUUCUUGUGCUUGUCUGUACAUAAAUUAUAAAGUGGGUUGUGAAUACUGUUUCACAUGGAUGGAAGGAAACGUUUGUUACAGUAAAUUAUUUAAAUGGUGGUUAUUGCAAAUUUGCUACCAGAAGGUACCAAUUUAGAAUAUUAAAAUGAGUGCUGCCAUUUUUCUAAAUACUGUUAAAGCAGCCCAGUGAAAAACUUCAUGAUAUCUCCUUGUUUAGACUGCAGCAUAUGAGAAUUGGGAAUUUUAAGGGCUUAAUUUGUAGACUUAAAGUUAUUUGAUUGACUUUGAUGCUUUGCCAGAUCAUUUCCUCUCCACCUCAUGGUGUCUUGGAACUGUGCUAGCCUAUACUGAAUAAGGGCCUGCAGUGAUAUCUAGAGAAAUGCCCGUCACCAUUUAAAAGCUGCUUCACUGUGGAGGAAAUGCGGUGCUUCCAAAAUUAAUUACAAGCACUGUCUUGCAUUUAAUGAUGUGGUCUUAAUCAAAUGCAGAUUCCUCUCCUGUUAAGGCAGGCAAAGAAUAUUAUAGUCUCUGUUUAUGGCUCUGCCCUGAGAAGUGGGGAGACUGCUUAACUUGGGCUCUCUUACUUGUAAAAGCAAGAACAGAAGAGAGAUCCCUGCUCCCUCCUAGAAAAUGUCCUAACUGAAAUGUUCAAUAAGCUACCAUAUGCUGGUAGGUGACACUAGUCAGGCAUUUUAUAUUAAGGGUGCUCUGAACAUAUUUUAUUUUUCAAAAGAAGUACAUGUUUGUGAAUUUUAUGUAUACUGGCAAGCUUUUUUAAUGUAUUUAAUUUUGUAAUGUUUACCGAUGAUUUUAUUUACCAGAUAUUUACUCAAAUAAAUGGAACA